AUGGCAGUUUGGCGUGGUCGGGCCGGUGUUGGCAUGAGCUGUGUGCUGUCCACCUGUGCCUGCUCAUUCCCUCCUGCUGUUGCUGUUGAUGAUGUAUCAUGCAUUGCCACAAGGGGUGCCUGCCAGCCUGCACCUCCAUCUGCAGCAUGCCCUUUCUCUCACCUCCCGUUCUCCUCUCACCUCCCGUUCUCCUCUCACCUCCCGUUCUCCUCUCACCUCCCGUUCUCCUCUCACCUCCCGUUCUCCUCUCACCUCCCGUUCUCCUCUCACCUCCCGUUCUCCUCUCACCUCCCGUUCUCCUCUCACCUCCCGUUCUCCUCUCACCUCCCAUUCUCCUCUCACCUCCCGUUCUCCUCUCACAUCCCGUUCCCCUCUCACCUCCCAUUCUCCUCUCACCUCCCGUUCUCCUCUCACCUCCCAUUCUCCUCUCACCUCCCGUUCUCCUCUCACCUCCCAUUCUCCUCUCACCUCCCAUUCUCCUCUCACCUCCCAUUCUCCUCUCACCUCCCAUUCUCCUCUCACCUCCCGUUCUCCUCUCACCUCCCGUUCUCCUCUCACCUCCCGUUCUCCUCUCACCUCCCGUUCUCCUCUCACAUCCCGUUCUCCUCUCACCUCCCAUUCUCCUCUCACCUCCCGUUCUCCUCUCACCUCCCAUUCUCCUCUCACCUCCCGUUCUCCUCUCACCUCCCAUUCUCCUCUCACCUCCCAUUCUCCUCUCACCUCCCAUUCUCCUCUCACCUCCCAUUCUCCUCUCACCUCCCGUUCUCCUCUCACCUCCCGUUCUCCUCUCACCCCCCGUUCUCCUCUCACCUCCCGUUCUCUUCUCACCUCCCGUUCUCCUCUCACCUCCCGUUCUCCUCUCACCUCCCGUUCUCUUCUCACCUCCCGUUCUCCUCUCACCUCCCGUUCUCCUCUCACCUCCCGUUCUCCUCUCACCUCCCGUUCUCCUCUCACCUCCCGUUCUCCUCUCACCUCCCGUUCUCCUCUCACCUCCCGUUCUCCUCUCACCUCCCGUUCUCCUCUCACCUCCCAUUCUCCUCUCACCUCCCAUUCUCCUCUCACCUCCCAUUCUCCUCUCACCUCCCGUUCUCCUCUCACCUCCCGUUCUCCUCUCACCUCCCAUUCUCCUCUCACCUCCCGUUCUCCUCUCACCUCCCGUUCUCCUCUCACCUCCCGUUCUCCUCUCACCUCCCGUUCUCUUCUCACCUCCCGUUCUCCUCUCACCUCCCGUUCUCCUCUCACCUCCCGUUCUCCUCUCACCUCCCGUUCUCCUCUCACCUCCCGUUCUCCUCUCACCUCCCGUUCUCCUCUCACCUCCCGUUCUCCUCUCACCUCCCGUUCUCCUCUCACCUCCCGUUCUCCUCUCACCUCCCGUUCUCCUCUCACCUCCCGUUCUCCUCUCACCUCCCGUUCAUCUCUCUCCAUUUUCCUCCCACCAGGGACCUUGGUUACAACAGCAUCACGGGUACGAUUCCUCAAUCCAUCGGCGAGCUCACGAGCCUUAUUGAAUUCGUUUAUGGUGAGGGGAAGGUGAGAAUGGGGGAAUGUGAUGAGGGGAAGGUGAGAAUGGGGGAAUGUGAUGAGGGGAAGGUGAGAAUGGGGGAAAGUGAUGGGGGGAAGGUGAGAAUGGGGGAAAGUGAUGGAGGGAAGGUGAGAAUGGGGAAAAGUGAUGGGCGGAAGGUGCGAAUGGGGGAAAGUGAUGGGGGGAAGGUGGGAAUGGGGGAAAGUGAUGGGGGGAAGGUGGGAAUGGAUGGGGGAAAGUGA